AUGCCGGGAAAGGACCUCCUCUCAUACAGGCUGGAAUUCAAAUCGUACCGAGACUGGAACGGUGAACGUCCAUCACAGGUCUUGAUACUCCACAACAAUGGCUCUUCAUGGUGGAUUAAAUUUGCCUUGUAUGGCUCAGUUCCACAAGCAGUACCGCUGGGCUAUCUCCAGCAUCGGUCCAUCUUUCAAAAAUUCGUUGAAGCGAUUGAUUUCGGUCAAUUCCAACUGUUGGACGAUACUGUGACCAAUAUUACUUUAAGCUUGACCGAGCAAAGCCACAACUCGAUCACAAUACGGGAUGGGUACCAAGACCUAGCGAACUCCUAUAUUGCCGUUGCCCAUCAAAUGUGCUACGAGAUCGCAGAAGAUCCGCAGAGAGUCGUAUAUCCGACUCUAGAGCGAGAACGUUGUCUACCAACGUUUGAGGCACAUUGUUUGCAGAAUAUCGAGGUUAUUCCUCCGACAGUCUCCACGGCUUUGUUCAAGCAACAGAAGUUUGUUUACAAAAAAAUUGACCGCCCUAUCUAUGAGCCAGGAGACACGGAACAUAUUCUAAACGAAAUCGAAGUUCUUACACAACUCCGCGGUCUUCCGAACAUAGCGCAACUAGUUGGCCUAGUUGUAUCGGAGAACCCGUAUAAGACUUGUCCGUCAACCGAUAUGGCAACAGUGAUCACAGGGUUCCUUCUUGAGUACUAUCCCGGAGGCUCGCUUGAGCAAAUUUUGAAGGACGGGUUUCAAUUUGAUGCUUUGCCAAUACAAUGGGCCUUGCAGAUUGGGACAGCAAUAGAAUCAUUGCACAAGAGAGGGCGAACUCAUCUUGACAUCAAGCCGUCGAAUAUUGUUUUGGAUGUCAAUAAAGACGCCGUCCUCAUCGAUGUUAGCGGAACCGGUGGUUUCAUGUGGGAAUGGCUUUCACCAGAGAUGCAGAAUAUUCUACAAAACAGUGAAAUAACUCCCUCCAACACGCCAUUUGAGGCACGGGUUGCCACGGAUUGUAGAUUUAACACACUCGCUAUUAUUAUUUAA